UCAAUGUUUUGACGGGUGGUUUACUAAUAAAUUUCUUAAAGGAAUUGACCAGGACACCUGUGAACCAAUAUUCAAACGUUAUCAAAAGUGUGUGCUCAAUGCCAUAAAGAGUAAAAAGAUUGAUAUAUCUAUCGUUAAUCAAUGAAACAAUCACCAUCAAAUCCUACAGGUGGUUGUAGCAAUUCCUCUGAUGAUAGCCUAAUUGAGUCCACUGAGAAAGAUUCGCUGUUACAUUCAAGGAAUUCUCAAUCUAGAACACGCCAACCAACGUACCUUUUUCCUCUUGGUAACCGAAGGCCCAGCUUGGGAUCGGACCAACUUAAUCCAUCUGCAUCUUUAUUUAAACGUUUUAGUUUCCUGUGUUGCCUUUGUAACUGUUUCUCAUCUUUAUUCACCAAAAUGGGUGGAAUGUUUUGUCGUCAAAAACAUUAUGAAGCUCGUACUGUGACCAUUGGUCGACCCAAUAUUCGUGAUAAAUAUCCAACCAACAUCAUACGCAAUCAAAAAUAUAACAUUGUCACCUUUUUACCAGUUGUUCUCUUCAAUCAGUUCAAAUUUUUUCUCAACCUUUAUUUCCUUUUGAUGGCUUGUUCCCAGUUCAUACCUGAAUUUAAAGUGGGCUUAUUGUACACUUAUUGGGCACCUCUUGGUUUUGUUCUUGCAGCAACUCUAGCUAGGGAAGCUGUGGACGAUAUAUUACGUUACAAGAGAGACAAAGCUGUUAACUCACAGUUAUACAGAAUUUUAACACCUGAAGGUGUUGUUGCUCUUCCCAGCUCUAAAAUAAGAGUUGGUGAUAUUAUCAUUGUUGACAAAGAUCAACGAGUACCAGCAGAUAUGGUGUUUCUUAAGACCAGUGAAAAAAAUGGUGCAUGUUUCAUUAGGACUGAUCAAUUGGACGGUGAAACUGAUUGGAAGUUACGGCUUGCUGUCCCUGCAACCCAAGAAUUUGAUUCAAUUGAAGAAAUAUUUAAAUGUGAUGCCGUAGUUCACACCGAAGAACCUCGUCUCGAUAUUCACAGUUUCAAUGGUAAAUUCACUUUAAAUGAAGCUGCUAUCUCAUUGGGAAUCGAGAACACUUUAUGGGCAAAUACUGUUAUCGCUUCCGGAACAGCAACAGGUGUUGUUAUUUACACUGGUCCGGAGACUCGAAGUGUAAUGAAUAAUUUAGAUCCAAGGAGUAAAGUUUGUUUAUUAGAUAUUGAAGUUAAUGAGUUGACCAAAGUGCUAUUCAUGGCGGUUGUCGUUCUUUCCACCGCGAUGAUCUGUUUAAAAGGUUUUAAUGGUCCAUGGUAUCGUUACUGGUUUCGAUUUCUUCUUCUCUUUUCCUACAUUAUACCAAUCUCAUUGAGAGUUAAUCUAGAAAUGGGACGUGUUGUUUACUCUUACAUGAUUCAGCGAGAUAUUGAAAUUCCUGGAACAAUUGUACGAACAACCACCAUACCUGAAGACCUUGGUAGAAUAUCAUAUCUGUUAACUGAUAAAACGGGAACUUUAACUCGUAACGAAAUGAUUUUCAAGAAGAUACAUUUGGGUAAAGUUUCUUAUACACCGGAAUAUUUUGAUGAGGUUGCUGCCAUUUUGAGAGCAGCAUUUUCACCUCAAAAUCAGCCCUACCAUGGAAGCCACCGAAGACAAGAUAGUUCAGCAUCUAAUAUUUCAAUCUCAUCAGAAAAAAGAUUCCAUGCAAAACAUAUUCGUGUUGACUCUUAUGAGAUCGAUAGAGAUACAAUUUAUCGAGUUCAAUCUGCUGUUGCAGCGAUUGCUCUCUGUCAUAACGUUACACCUUCAUAUGACAAUGAUAUUGACACAUUUAAUGUUGCAGGAAAUUCAUCAGCCACUUUAGAUCUUCUCGGUGAAAGUAAUACCUCACUCUCAGGUAAUCCAUCUGUAGCAAUACCACUUUCAAUGAGAGGAAUUUCUUACCAAGCAUCGAGUCCUGAUGAGGUGGCUUUGGUUCAGUGGACUGAAAAGGUUGGACUUGCUCUGGUUCACCGUGACCUCAACUCAAUGAAAUUGCGAAAUCCACUUGGAAUGAUCAUGAACUAUGAAAUACUACAAAUUUUCCCAUUUUCAUCUGAAACCAAAAGAAUGGGAAUAAUUGUUCGUGAUAUAGCAACAAAGGAGAUUAUUUUCCUUCUCAAAGGAGCUGAUGCUGUAAUGAAUCAAAUUAUCCAAUACAGUGACUGGUUACAAGAACAAUGUGAUAAUAUGGCUCGAUCAGGAUUAAGAACUUUAGUUGUAGCUCGAAAAUUUCUAAGUGAAGAUCAAUACGCUGAUUUUCAAUUACGAUAUCAUCAAGCGAAACUCUGUCUUCAUGAUAGAGCUGCAAGGAUGAGCUCGGUUCUAGCAACUUUAGAAAAAGAUAUGGAGUUACUUUGUUUAACAGGCGUAGAGGAUAGAUUACAAGAAGGAGUUCCAACAACUUUGAAAGGAUUACAAGACGCUGGUAUUAAAAUUUGGAUGUUAACUGGUGACAAACUAGAAACAGCUCAAAGUAUUGCUAAAGCAUCUCAGCUUGUAAAGAGAAUGCAAGAAAUGUACGUUUUCCGACCAAUAGAAUCGCGAAGUGAAGCCAAUAUGGAAUUGAAUAACUUUCGCCGUAAAAAUGAUUGUCCACUUGUUAUAAGAGGUGAAGAUUUAGAGAUUUGUCUGAAAAACUAUCCACAAGUAUUCAUGGAAAUCUCUUGUCAAUGUCCUGCUGUUAUCUGUUGUCGUUGUUCACCAACACAAAAAGCUGAAGUUGUUCGUCUUAUUCAAAAUUAUACCGGAAGACGUGCCUGUGCAAUUGGAGAUGGUGGUAAUGAUGUGUCAAUGAUUCAAACUGCAGCCAUUGGUAUUGGUAUUGUUGGUAAAGAAGGUCAACAAGCCUCACUUGCUGCAGAUUUUUCCAUCACACAAUUUAAUCAUAUUUAUCGUCUUAUCCUUCUCCAUGGAAGAUAUUCUUAUAAAAGAUCAGCCCAAUUAUGUCAAUUCAUCAUCCACCGUGGUCUUAUUAUCUCAACCCUUCAAGCUAUAUUUUCAUCUAUUUUCUACUUUGCCUCAGUUGCUCUUUAUCCAAGUUUGCUCUUGGUUGGUUAUGCAACCAUUUACACCAUGUUUCCCGUCUUCUCUUUGGUACUAGACAAAGAUGUACCACCUCAUCUAGUCAUUCGUUAUCCAGAGCUGUACAAGUUAAUGAAAGGUCGCUCAUUAACUUAUAAAACCUUUUUCAUUUGGGUUUUAAUCAGCAUUUACCAAGGAGGUGUUAUUAUGUAUGGAGCAAUGUUACUUUUUAACGAUGAAUUAAUCCAUGUGGUUGCAAUAACCUUUACCUCGGUCAUUCUAACAGAACUACUCAUGUUAGCUUUUACCGUUCGCACAUGGCAUUGGUUAAUGAUUGUCGCUGAAUUUAUUAGUUUAUCCUUCUACUUGAUGACUUUGAUAAUAUUCCCACAAUACUUUGACGAAACCUUCAUCCAAACUCGUGCCUUCCUUUGGAAAGUCAUUCUAUUAACUGUUGCCAGUUGUUUACCCUUGUAUAUUUUGAAGUUUUUGCAACGGAAAAUCGCCCCACCAAGUCAUUGUAAAUUGACUUAAUUAUGUAUUAGAAAAUUGUGUAGACAUCGUAAAUUAUGUACCCGAUGUCUUUUCCCUUUUCUCUAGUGCUUUCACUUUCUCCCCUCCCAUUACAAUCACUUUCAAUCUCUAUCUACGCAUAAACAAAACAUUCUCUCUCUCUCUCUCUUUAUCUCUUUAUCUCUUGCUCUCUUUCUCUCAGUUAUUAUUUUGUAAAAUAUACUUGAGAAAAGAAAUCAAAACAUUGGAAUACUUUAUUCUCCAUAAAUUUGAAAGCGUCAAAGCAACAAGUCAACUGGAAUUUGAAACCAAAACAAAAGCUUUUCAAGCUUUAAUUAUUCAUUUGUUCUGUGUAAUCUGGAAAAAGAAAUGGCGUCAACAGGAUGAUUUAACAGUUAAUCAAAAAACUUGAAUCACCACAGGAUAACAUCAAUUGGAAUCACCAAAAGCUGAAGCAUUCGUUAACUGAUGAGCAAAAAGAGUGAACCUUUUAUAUCAAUAUCAUCAUAAUCACAAUGAAAUCACAAAUUAAAAGCUCAAAUUAACAUCCAAGCAAUCUAAUAGGAUGAAAGGAGAUAAUGAAAACAUCAAACAGUGAAAGUAACAACAACUUAAUAUCUCAACUAUACCACCAUAAUAGCAACAUAACGGAAAUAAUGAAACACCGGAAUGAUAAAAAAUCAACCAAGAUAACCUUGAAAAAGAAAUGAUUUACAUCUAGAGUGGAAUGAAAUUAAUCACCUCUGUUAUAUUAGCUAAAAGAAAAGGAUGGCAACAAAUACAUAAAAAAAAUCAACCGAGAAUAAGAAAACUCGUUCUUUCUAUAUUGUAUAUUUUGCAAAAAAAGAAAAACCAACACAAAUCAAAUCAAAAGCUUUUUUCUGUCUAAGGUUGAUCGUAAAAUUGAUUUGAUAACAUUACUAAAUUACUAAAUCACGUUCGUUUCUCCUAAUUUUCAUCUUAUUCUCCAUUUUACACCCUUAAUUUCCUCCUUAAAUUUGUCUCUAAAACCCUUUCCUUUUCUAUCUCUUCUCUCUCGUGUUUAUUUUCUUCAUCUACACUUCUUUUUCCUUCUUACAUCUUUAAUUCAUAUUUUUAUCCCUUCAAUGUGUUGAUAAAUUAUCAUUUUCACCUCUAAUCAACAUCUCAUCACAUGGAAGGAAACAGUAAAACAAUUAAUGGAGGAGAUGCUAAGAAAUGUAAAGAAUUGAACAAAACGGAUUAAUGAAAAUAAUCAAAUCUUAAUCUCGACUUAAUGAGAGGCAAAAGAUGUAACCAUGUUUAUAUUUUACUGUUAUAUUGAAAGUUAAAGAAAUGAAAACAACAACAACAACAAUUAAAACGACAUAUUUGGACUAGAA